AUGCCAGUCUUCAGUUCAGUUCACUCCCAUGAUAUCAAGAAACUGCUAAAGGUAUUGGAAGCUGCAAAGAAUUUGGACACUGUCAACCUUCCAGCACUGUUGCCACUUGACGCUGAGGAUUUGUUGUUUCGAAUAAAAGGGGGAAUUCAGUUGGAAGGAGUCAUUAACAAAACAGAUGAUGAAGGAAUUAAAGCAGGUUUUACAGAAGCUAUUAACAAGUUGAUUUCUAAAGUAAAUUCACGGGCUUUUGGUCUGAGCGGUUUCGGUAGCUCACUGUAUAUAUGGCCCAAAAUACAUACUAGCACUCAUUCUUCAAGACUGCGAGAGCAUACUCAAUGCAAAGCCAUCUUAAAAUAUGUUAUGGCUGAAGUCAGUGAGCUACUAAAGAAGGCUUCCAAAAAGAAAUUCUUAAAGGUUGCACCUCUGAAAAUCAUAAACCUACAGAUUCGGUUUGAGAUGACUAGGCCUGAACACGUCCAAAAGAUUGUUGUCCAGCACAAUAAGAUGCCAUGUAUCCACUUCAAGCUGACUCUUCCGAUUGAUGUGGUAGUAUUUGCAAAUCCAGAGGAACCAUGGGGAAAUGUACAGGAUCAAUUUGUGGAAGCAAUUACUGCACAGCUAUCUGCGAUGGACAAAUGUAUUCAGCGAUAUACAAAUGGAAGGACAGUCCCAAUGCCACAACCAUUCCACUUUGAAUUGCCAGACAAAGCUACUCUUACGACGGUAAUAUACCCUGCAGGAUUCAGUGAUGCUACGCUGGAACCACAACGGAAAGAGUUGCAUGCUGAACUUGGCCUAGGCAAUAAACCCUUCUUCCGCCGCCCUAUGGCUUAUCUUUUUCCAAGUGACGAAGUGAAAUCUUUCUAUCUGAGAGAUAUACAUAAAUACAUUCCUUCUCCCAACCCUGAUGAGUUCAAGGUUUCCCUCGUGCAUGGAUUCUAUACCUUUCAUCAUUGCCUACAAGACCAUGAAAAUGACAGUGAUUGGGGUGGACUCUAUCGUUGUUUGCAAGUCAUCAUCUCCUGGUUUAACCUUCAGGGAUACAUCGACAAACCUGUACCUUUAGUUUCGGAGAUGCAAAUUAUGUUGUUGACGAUUGGUGAUAAAUUCCUCGACAAUGUGAUAUCGAAAGGAUGGCUUGAACCUGAGGGGGUGGACGAACUACUAAAAAUUUUUAAUAUUUCAUGUACCACUAUGGAAGUUCAGGCUAAGAAACCAGUGGAUCUUAGUAGUCAUUUUGAAGAACAAGGAACCCCAGUUAUGAUUUCAAAGUUUGUGAUCUUUUCUGAACCUGAGGCAUACAUUUUGCUUGGGCUUGCUGUGAAUGAAGACCCAAAAGCCAGAAAAGGCCUCAUCUUAGACAUAAUGUACACUGGAAUUGAUGACUUUAACUGGAUAGUUGAAAAGGCUAUUGGGUGGAAAGGAGAAGAAUUCUGGAAAGAUUUGGAAGAUUAUGGUGUAUGGCUGCCUCAGAGACCAGAGGGUGUUUAA